AUGGGGAAGUUCGUCGAGCUGCUGGACGUCGCCAGAAUUGUCGGGAGGAUCUACUCCCACUGCCCGCAGACCGCUCGGCUGUACUACCACCCUCCUUCCAACUCCGCCGACCAGUUCCACCAAGAUCUCGCCGGCGGGAGCAGUCAGGCUGCGGUGGCGCGGAGCGGCAGCGAUUCGGCUGUGAAAUCUGGCGGUGGAUUCAGUCUCAAGGCUUCCAUGGGAGUCGAUUCCGCCGACCAGCUGUUUCUGCAUUCCGUCUUCUGA